CCCGCGCCUUCCGCACAGCUCACCGCGUCCACGCUGGGUCCUCUGUUGCGCGACUCAGAGCAAACCGUCUGUCGCCAUGGCUUUCGCGAGCUGGUGGUACAAGACGCAUGUCAAUGAAAAAACCAGUGGAUCACCUUCUAGACCAGGAGACAAGAAAGGAUCAGAUGAGAAAAAUGCAACCAGCCUUGGGAUCAGUCAGCCCUCCAGACUCCAUGUUGGUGCAAUGGCCUCAGCCACCAAGGUGUCAACCUCAUCUCCUUCAACCAGCAAGUCUUCCGGUAUGAAUUCCACAGAAACCAAGGACAUUCCAGUCAGCAAAAAGAUGGAAAGAAUGCAUUCGCCUCACAAGAAAAGGCACAAAAAACAGGGUGUAAAAUCAGAACCUGAAAAAAAGUCACAGUCAACUAAGCCAUCUGUGGUUCAUGAGAAGAAAACCCAAGAAGUAAAACCAAAGGAGCACACAGAGCUGAAAAGCCAUUCCAAGCAUGGAUCAGAUACAGGAAGCAAGCUUGCUCAUAGUGAAAAAGCAUUUUCUAAAUCAAGUGAGCAGCCAACUUCAGAGAAAGCAACAAAACCAAAGACAAAAUCACAGGACAAGCUUUCUGCUGAUAAAACAAGCAUUGUUGCUGGUGUAGCUGCAGCAUCUGACAAAACAGGAGACAAGAAAAAAGAAAUUAAAUUGUUAGCUGCAUCCAUUGAAUCCAAACCCAAUCAACCAUCUGGAAAGUCAGGCAUGGAUGCUGCUUUGGAUGACUUAAUAGACACAUUAGGGGAACCUGAAGAAACAGAACAAGAUAAUGCAACAUACACUGGACCUGAAAUUUCAGAUCCAAUGACUUCUACCUACAUAGAGGAAUUGGGUAAAAGAGAAGUCACAAUUCCUCCAAAAUAUAGAGAACUUUUGGAAAAAAAAGAAGGGUUUACAGCGCCUCCUCCAGACACUUUGAAACCCAUGGGGCCUGAUGACGCCAUAGACUCCUUGUCAUCUGACUUCACCUGCAGUUCUCCUGCUGCCGGUGGGGAGCAGACCAAGAAAGAGAAAUCUACAGGAGAGGUCUUAAAAGCUCAGUCAGUCAGUGUCAUCAAAAGUGCUGCUCCACCCCAUGAGAAGAAAAGAAAGGUGGAGAAGAAUGCGAUGAGCGAUCAAGCGCUGGAGGCUCUGUCGGCAUCCCUGGGCAGCCGGAAGUCGGAACCCGAGCUGGACCUCAGCUCCAUUAAGGAAGUCGAUGAGGCAAAAUCCAAAGAAGAGAAACUAAAGAAGUGUGGUGAGGAUGAUGAAACGGUCCCGUCAGAGUACAGAUUAAAAACAGUCACGGAUACAGAUGGAAAACCACUAUUGCCAGAACCCGAGGAAAAGUCUAAGCCCCUGACUGAAUCAGAGCUAAUUGAUGAACUUUCAGAAGACUUUGACUCAAAACGUAAAAAGAAGCAGUCUAAGCCAACUGAAAAAGCAAAAGAAGCUCAGGCCACUACCCCAACUCCUCUGGAAGAGGCUGUGCCUCGGACCUCUCUUUGUAGUGUACAGUCGGCACCCCCCAAACCAGCUGUGACGGGCAUGGUGCCAAAUGAUGCUGUGGAAGCCUUGGCUGGUAGCCUGGGGAAAAGGGAAGCAGAUCCAGAUGAUGGAAAGCCUGUGGAGGAUAAAGUCAAGGAAAAAGCCAAAGAGGAGGAUCGUGAAAAGCUUGGAGAAAAGGAAGAAACAAUUCCCCCUGAUUAUAGAUUAGAAGAGAUGAAGGGUAAAGAUGGAAAACCACUUCUGCCCCAGAUGCCCGAGGAAUUGCUUCCACCCAUGAAUGACGACCUUCUCCUUGAUGCUUUGUCUAAGGACUUCACCAGCCCCACAGAUACUUCACCUCUUGAACUUGAAAACAUUGAAGUUUCCGCUGCUGUUUCUGAAGUGCUUUCCAAAACUCCAGCUCCAACCACCCACUCUGCAGGAGCCCCUCGGCCGAGUGACAGUAAAGCCCUCGACGAUGCCUUGGAUCAACUUUCUGACAGUCUAGGGCAAAGGCAGCCUGAUCCAGACGACAACAAACCAAUGGAGGAUAAGGUCAAGGAAAGAACUAAAGCUGAACAUAGAGACAAGCUGGGAGAAAGAGACGACACUAUCCCUCCUGAAUAUAGACAUCUCUUGGAUAAUGACGACAACAAACCAGUGAAGCCACCUACAAAGAAACCCCUGGCAUCAAAGAAACCUGAAGAUGACCAAGACGCCAUUAGCAGUCUUUCAGGAGAUUUUGACAGCUGUCCCCCAACUACAGAAGCCUCAGAGCAAACAGCAAAGGACAAAGAUAAGAAGAAUGUUUCCAGUUCCAAAGUCCCCAAGAAUGGGGGUAAAGCAAAAAACUCUGCAAAGGCAAAGGAAGAAACUUCCAAGGCAAAAACUGAUGAAAAAAAUACAAGCUAAAGUUUACACUACUUGGUAUCUGCAUAUAAAAUCUUCAGCUGGUGGAUGGUGGCUUUUGAAGAACAAAAAGACAAAAGAACAUUUUUCUGGGUGGCUUCUAGACAGUGGUGUUUGUUGAGACUUCUGACAUCCUACACAUUGGUUUGUUAAUUCUUUUCCAGAAAAGAAAGUGAAUGUCUGGUUCACCUAUGCUGUCCUGAGUAUUGAUAAACUUUGAAUUUUUUAAAAUUGCCUUCAGUUGAGAGAGAAAGGAACUUUAUAUUUCUAAGAUUAUAUUUGCUAAAAGUUUUACAGCAACACCAAAAAAAAACCUUUGCAAUUUUUUGCACAUUCUACACACAGUGCCUGUAAAUCUCAUGAGUAUUUUCAGUUUGCACUUUUUUUGGUUAGCACUUGGAAAACAAUGCUCUAAACACUUUAGUGUUCUGAUUUCUCAUUACACCGUCCUCUGGCAUUUGAACUCUUUGGGUUAAUGUUCAUAAGUCAAAAAAUUGUACAUUGAGCACAUAUCUCCUCUUGGGCUGCUAAUAAUAAAUUAAUAACCUGGAUAGACCAGGAAGCACUGUACUCCUGUUUCAGUUUAAACUCUUCUUUGCCAGAAGUUAGGAUUUCUGUACCUUAUAACCAAACAUACCAAGACUUGAAUCAAGUCAGCACAAGAAUAUGUCCCUGCCUAGCAAGUUCCAAGAAGAAAUAAAACAAUGUUCUUCACAUAGCUUGAUCUCAGUUUACUGUACUGUGCUUUUCUGCGGAGUUUGCUGAGAGCCGCUGACACACUAGCCUUGCCUGCGCAGCACCCAGCUGGGCUUUAGGAAAGUUAGGCUUACCAAAUCGAAUGUCUGCUUCAAGAUAAGACAUCUGAAAUUAAAAAUAUGCUUCCCCUCCCCACAGCAAUUUAAAAACUAGAUUCUGAUAUCUUUCCUCUAAUUUUGGUUUUUCAUUCAUUUCUAAAUGAACUAUUUGGGAAUACAGUACUGCUACUGUAGACUGGGUUUAAUAUUUAAUUUCAUCCUUAUUUCCUGCUUAUGAAUGCAGAAAGAGAUCGGAUACUAUAAAACUGAUUUGGAAUUUGUUUCAGAGAGCACAGCCUUUCUUAGCUGACUGACUUCACCAAUACUGUCUAAUGGGGAGAGGAUUAAAAACACUGAUAGGCAAAUUUUGUUAGCUUCUAAAAUUCUCUUUAAAAACCAUGCAUAUAUUUAAAGGAUUUCAGACUUCAUCUACUUUAAAUGCUAUGUCUAUCCCAUCGGAGAUAAUUAUUCCGCUCUAAAUCUGGGAACUAUAAGCCAUUGUUCUGGUAACUAAACAGACCUUUUCAAAGUACUAGCAAGAAAAAUAAAACAUGACUUACCUACCUAGAAUGUCCAUUUGGGUAGUAUAAAGUGUUUUAAUUCAUUUUAAAACAAAAUGAAACCUUUUGACUUUGACUAGUUUUUGCAAGAUGACUGCAGUAUUAUUCCAUCAUACGUCAAAGUAUUUUUGAGUACGUACCAAAAUCCAGUAUUUGAAGAAGUGCCUGUGAAAGUAAACAUUUAAAGGACUCCAAAUAGGCUUUAUUUGAAAUGUUGCUAGUAAUUAAUGACUCGAGUAAACUACAGAUCUAAAUCAGUUCUUUUAAACUGAUUUAAUUAGGAGGAAAUAAUAACAAAUAUCUGCUUAGAGGUAAAUAACAAUUUAUUACCAAAAAGGUUUCUGCACACUGUUGUAUCAAUAUGUCUACUUAGAAAUUGGACUUCUCCAAAAGCAAAGAUAGGCCCCUCAGAUGACCAAAACUGGAUAUCAGUUAUUUACAUGUUUCAUUAAUCAAGGUAUAAAAUAUAAGUAAAAAUAUUUUACAUGAAUCUUGGCUUUGUACAUUUUUUAGAAGGAAAAUACCCAGGGGGUAAUCAGUGAUUUCUGUUUAUUUCUUUUAAACCAUUAAACCCUGCAAUAUGUAUUAACAUGGAAUUGGAUGCAUUUAUGUACAUUCUAUAUUA